CCCGCUGCCUCCAUUCGACGCUUCUCACGUCAGCUCAUGUUUUGCGUCUCUCACCUAAUCUGGAAACCCGCUACAAACUUGUUUACCGGUAAAAUAUGGAGCUGACACCUGCACGCCGCACAGUUCUCUGCGAUACCGGUUUGUGGGCAGACCGGACUGCCAUACAUGAAGCAGCAUCCCAUGGCAGAGCUCUGCAGCUGCAGCAGCUGAUAGAAAGUGGAUCAUCAGUCAACGUGGUGACAUUGGACAACAUCACUCCGCUCCAUGACGCCUGCAUACAUGCUCAUCCAAACUGUGCCCGGCUGCUGCUGGAGGCUGGCGCUCAGGUGGAUGUACGGACCAUCCACGGCAGCACUCCUCUCUGUAACGCCUGUUCCGCUGGCAGCCUGGAGUGUGCCAAGCUGAUGUUGGAGUACGGAGCCAAGGUUAACCCGUCCCUCACAGCUCUCACCGCCUCACCGCUCCACGAGGCUUGCAUACAUGGUAAAACUUUGGCAGAGCUAAGACAGAGUCUAACCCAGUCAUUCUUCCUCAUCAUCAAUGAAACUUGUGUGCUCCUCUCAGGUAACGUUGAAGUUGUGAAGUUGAUGAUAGCCAGCGGUGCCCGGCUGGAGGCGUACGACGUCUACUUUGGUCCACCGCUCCACAUCGCCUGUGCUAAAGGACACAUAUCCUGCGUCAGGGAGCUGCUAAAUUCAGGUGCUGUUGUGAAUUCAGUAAAGUUCCAUGAGACAGCCUUGCACCAUGCAGCACAAGUCAACAUGGUGGACAUGAUAGAGCUGUUGGUGGAGUUUGGAGCCAAUGUGUAUGUUAGCGACAACCUGGGAAGAAAGCCUAUAGACUACACAACGCCUGGGUCUCCUUCGUACAACUGCUUCGUGUUUUAUGAAAGUAAUCCUCUGAGCCUGCAGCAGCUUUGUAGAAUCACUGUGAGGACCAUGCUCGGUACCAGAGCCUCAGAGGUCAUAGAUCAGCUGGACAUAUCCCACGGCAUCCACAACUACCUCCAGUACCGUGAUCACCCCACGUCACUACAGAGUGUCACAUGAAUGGAUUUCUAAAACCUGUAUGAGAGACUGAUGUUUGAUUUUAAGUUUAAAUUGUAAAACACAUCUGCUUAAAAUUUUAAAUAUAUUCAAGUCCCCCUCCA